UUCACGUAUCAAAUCCGUGGCUGGCCCCCUCCAAUAAUUUCACCUACUCUCACAGAAUUUCAAUAUAUACCCACCAUUCCCACUCUCUCUCGCCAUUCGCAUCCUGAGUUUCUUCUGCAAUUUCACUCCCCUUCAUCCACUGCCCACUCGAUCACAAAAUGGUUCUCGAGGCUGCGGUCAAGGCUGCCGUUGGCGCCCCCGAUGUCAUCGGAGACUGUCCUUUCAGCCAGAGGGCUCUCUUAACUUUGGAGGAGAAGAARCUUUCGUACAAAUUGCAUCUCAUCAACCUCUCCGACAAACCCAGUUGGUUCUUGGAAGUGAGCCCGGAAGGGAAGGUGCCGGUGGUGAAGUUUGAUGACAAAUGGGUUCCUGAUUCCGAUGUCAUUGUGGGGAUUCUAGAGGAGAAGCACCCUGAGCCUUCUCUUGUUACUCCUGAAUUUUCUUCUGUGGGAUCAAAUAUAUUUGGUGCUUUUGUCAAGUUUUUGAAGAGCAAGGAUCCGAAUGAUGGUUCAGAGCAGGCUUUGCUUGUCGAGUUGAAGACGUUGGACGAGCAUCUUAAGGCUCACGGUCCUUAUGUUGCUGGAAAGAAGGUAACUGCUGUUGAUUUGAGUCUGGCUCCAAAGUUGUACCAUCUUGAUGUUGCUCUUGGCCAUUUCAAGAAGUGGGCCAUCCCCAAAAACUUAGCCAGUUUAACCGCCUACAAAGAGUUGCUUUUCGCUCGAGAAUCUUUCGUGAAGACGAAGGCUUCCCCGGAGAAUGUAAUUGCUGGAUGGGAGCCCAAGGUGAAUCCUCCAGCCUGAAUCAGGAUUUGUUUUCUUCCCAAGUUAUGAAGUAUUGGGGGUUUAUUCCUAAGAAUGAGACUGGUUGCCAGGAGCUACUUUCCUGUGUCUUGUAUUUUCAUUUGGCAUCAAUAAAUUAGUGUAUAUCACUAUGCCACAUCUUUAAGAAUGCCAAUGUUUAGAAAAGCUGUGUUUCUUCUUCUUCUUCUUCUCUGUUUAUUUUCCCACCAUUUUUGCAGAGCUUUGGUUAUAUGAAUGUAAGACAAAGCACUGACCCAAUUUUUACCAGGUUUUGAUGGAAUUUUCGAGUCUGCAUUCAGCUCUA